AGCGACAAACACCAACACGGCGUUGUGGUCACAACAAAUAACACUUUCGUUGUGUGUGUGCGAUGUCGCAGCUCUUACUUCGACCGAGAUGUAAAGCCUUGCUCUCUCUCUCGCUCUCUCUCUCUCUUUUCAUCCAACAGGUUCAAACAUGUGAAAUCCCAUCUCGCAAACUGCUGGCACCACGCUAUAACACGAAGCGUACAUUUCACAGCAAAAACGUUGCCUUAUAUACAAACCAAUAGAGAGAUCGUCGUCAUUCAAGUCGGAGUAGCCAAAUGUGUGUAACAUUUUUUGUUAGCUAAGCAUAAAUUCAGUGCAAAAUAAAUAUCCGUUAUUCAAAUCAAUUGAUGUAAAAUUUUGAUAGACACGUGUUUAGAGAAGAUACAUAAAGAGAGACAUAUUGUGAAAAAAGCCGCGUUUUUUUCGUUGGAAAAUUGAUAAAAAAAGGAUUUUUUUCGAAGUGAUUUGUUGAAAUAAAGAAAAAAAGAAGAAGAUGUCCAAUCAAGAUUCGGGUGAUCGCAAGCCGUUUGGCCGCCAUACACAGGUCACGUCGUCGAGCGGACUAAAAUCAGAAAGUGGUUACAAAACGCCUGGAAGGAGCGAUGAAACACCGCCAAUUGUUAGCGGCCGUGGUCGAAUGCUUGCUGCUUUGGCAGCGCAAACGACCGAGCCAAAGGAGAUAGCGUCAUCGACGUCAUCGCCGGCGGCCAUGGGCCGUGGUCGACUUCUAUCCAUGCUGCAAACUGGUUCACUCGGCGAAUCAACGGGAAAAUCAGCCGAACAAUCCACAUCAUCGGACGAACAACGCAAAUCACAAAGCAUCGGCGAAACAAAACGAACCGAAACUGGUGGACGUGGCAAGUUUAUGGCUAUGCUACAACCGCCACAAGAGCAACAUGAACCACAAGCUGUACAAGGUGCUCCAGUUGGACGUGGUAGACUUAUGUCGAUGCUUGUCGGCAGCCAACCGGCCAGCCAACAGCAGCCACCAGCGACACAACAGCAAGAGGAACAACCUGGGAUGAUGUCAACCACAGAUGCGCUCGCCCAAUUACGGAUUCGACGCAAGGAAGAAUCAAAAUCGAGCGGUUCAACAAAGGCUCCAACCCUGCAACAGUAUGAAUCGAUGGCGGCUCACUUCGAAGAUUUUGUUCCCGAAGUGGCCGAAGCAAAGAUGGGCAGAUGCGGUACACGCAUUCAGGCACUGACGAACUACAUUCGGCUUCAAGUCGAUAAGGAUAAGGGUGUCUUCGAAUAUGAGGCACGAUUUGAUCCGCCGGUGCAUUCAAACCAAGUUCGCUUUAAGCUGUUGAAUCAACAACUUGAUGCCAUUGGCCGAACGAAGACAUUCGACGGUGUCAAACUUUGUUUGCCCGCACUUCUACCAGAUCGUGUGACACAAUUGACAAGCAUCAACCCCAACGAUAAUUCGGAGGUCACAAUCACACUGAUCUACAAAGGUCGCAAAACGUUUGCCGAGUGCCAGCAAUUGUAUGGCAUUCUCUUUGCAAACGUUAUGAAAAUUCUGAAAUUUGUUCGGUUCGGCACAAAGGAUUUCGAUCCAUCCGAACCAAAGGUCAUUCCGCAGCACAAACUGGAAAUUUGGCCCGGAUAUGUCACAGCGGUCGAAGAGUGUCAUGAUGGUGUAAUGCUGUGCGUUGAUGUCACCCAUCGUGUUCUGCGUCAAACGGCUGUAAUUGAAAUAUUGCAGCAUGCCUUCCGAAAUGCUCGAGGCAAUAUGGAAGAUUUCCAGAAAAAGUGCGAAUCAGCCCUCAUUGGUGCCAUGGUUUUGACCAGAUACAACAACAAGACAUAUCGUAUUGAUGACAUCGAUUGGGAUCAAACACCAAUGAACACAUUCCAGACAAAAACCGGCGAAGUGUCUUACGUUCAAUACUACAAGCAACAGUAUGGCAUCGACAUCAAGGAUUUGAAGCAACCAUUGCUCAUCAGCCGUGAAGAUAAACGUGUUGCUGGUCAACAGGAGAAAGUGACAUUCACAUUCUCCAUCAUUCCGGAGAUCAGCUACUUAACAGGCUUAACAGAUGAACAACGUGCGGACUUCAAGGUCAUGAAAGAUGUGGCCACAUUCACGCGCAUUUCACCAAAUCAACGUGCCAAUGAAUUGGUGCAAUUCUGUCGUCGUGUUAACGAUUGUGCCGAAACGCGGCAAUUGUUGGCCAACUGGGGCCUAACAUUGUUGGAUAAUGCCGUUGGUCUCGAUGCGCGUCUAAUGGAAGAGGAACGUGUAAUUUUUGCCAACAACAAAACAUUCGGAGUGGGUCCAAACGCUGAUUUUGGCAAAUAUUGCACCAACAAUGAACAGAUGUCGGUGGUUCCGCUGCAUAAUUGGCUAUUGAUCCACGUGAAAAAUGAUGCAAAGGCAGCGAAAGCAUUCGUUGAAUGCAUGGAACGCAACUCACGUCCAAUGGGCAUCACGGUGAGCAAACCGAAAAUUAUCGUUCUGGAUAACGAUAAAACGGACACAUAUGCAGCGACAUUGCGUCAGGCGCUUAACGUGCAAACACAAAUUGUUGUGUGCAUCUGCCCGACAGCGCGAGACGAUCGCUAUGCUGCAAUCAAGAAGAUUUGCUGCGCUGAAUCGCCAAUCCCAUCACAGGUGAUCAACGCUCGUACAUUGAGCAACGAUGCCAAGAAUCGUUCGAUCGUUCAAAAGAUCGCAUUGCAAAUGAACUGCAAACUGGGUGGUUCAUUGUGGAGCAUCAACAUCCCGUUGAAAAACGUGAUGAUCGUUGGCAUUGACACGCAUCACGACAAGAAAACUGGCUCGGUUUCAGCGUUCGUCGCAUCGAUGAAUGAUACCUAUACCAAUUGGUAUAGCAAGGCGGUCAUGCAAAGUAAAAACGAAGAGUUGGUCCGUGGAUUGGUUGUGUCACUGCAACAUGCGUUGCAACAUUACAAGAAGGUCAAUAACACACUCCCAAAGAAGAUCAUCAUCUUCCGCGAUGGUGUUGGUGAUGGCCAAUUGAAAGUGGUCAAAGAUUACGAAUUGGCGCAGAUGAAACAGGCCUGUUCACUCAUCUCCGAAGACUACAAACCACCAUUCACAUUUGUCGUGGUGCAAAAGCGCAUCAAUGCCCGAUUCUACGUGAAAAAAGGAGGCCAAGCUGAGAAUCCAAGCCCUGGUGCUGUGUUGGAUCACACAAUCACACGGCGUGGCAUGUAUGACUUUUAUUUGGUGCCACAAAGUGUUCGCCAAGGUACUGUCACACCCACACACUGCGUCGUCCUUGAGGAUGAGACCGGAAUGCAACCGGAUCAUCUGCAACGUUUGACAUACAAACUGUGCUUCUUGUACUACAAUUGGCCGGGCACGGUUCGAGUACCAGCGUGCUGUCAGUAUGCUCACAAAAUGGCAUUCUUGGUUGGACAGUCAUUGAAACGGGAACCAGCCGAACAGCUCAGCGAUCGAUUGUUUUACCUUUGAAUUUCUUUUUUUUUUACAUUUGCAGCCAAACAGAAUGAAUCAAAAAUUUCACAUCGUAUUUAUUCAUAAACUUAGAUAAUUCUUUUCGACAGCCUCACAACAAAAUUAGGAGGAAAAACCAAUUUUUUUGAUAAUUUUUUUAAAGGACUUUCAUUCUGUUUGGUUCAAAUGAAUCAAUGAUAAGAUCAAGAUAAAUAAGAAUUCCAUCUGUUUUCAUCAGUUGCUUUAAGUAGAAGAAUAGAAGAAUAUUGAAAUUUCAUUUGGUACGAAUCUGGUAGAUUUGUAAAAGAUUUUUCAUCGAAAAAUUAGUUGCAAUUUUUUGUUUUUGCAAAGAAUACCAAUUUUAGAUGAUAAGUCAUCAAAUCAUUUUUGUGUAAAAGUUGAACGAAGAAAUCAACUUGAUCAUGGACAUAUAUUGAAGAAAAUGUAUUAGAAUACAGAAAAAAAUUAAUAAACUUCAUUAAAAUUUACGAAAAAA